GAACCGAUGAACCGGCAAACUGGAGUUAGUCCUGGUUCGGUAACGCUAACACUGCCGGUUUUUCAUGCGGGGCCCCGACCAGAACCCGAACGCCUCCCACUCUCAUGCUCCAUGGCCGAUCCUUUGCACGAGAGGUAUGAUGGAACUGGAGCAGCAAAAUCACCUCGAGAGGUUUCUGAAAUGGGCGGCGAAGUUGGGAAUUUCUGACUCGUCCACCAACACCGUCGAACCUGAAAUCCCUGUUAGUUCCUGUUUGGGCCAUACUCUGUCGGUCUCAAAUUUCCCUGACGCAGGCGGUAGAGGUUUGGCUGCUGUUCGUGAUCUUAGAAAAGGAGAAUUGAUUCUCAGAGUUCCGAAAUCGGCCUUAUUGACCAGGGAAAACCUGUUGAAAGAUGAGAAUCUCUCACUCACUGUCAAAAAACACGCUUCUCUUUCCUCUUCUCAGAUUUUGGCAGUAUGCUUAUUAGCAGAAAUGGACAAGGGAAAAAGUUCUUGUUGCUACCCUUACUUAAUGCAGCUGCCGCGCAGUUAUGGCCUACUAGCGAGUUUUGGUCAAUGUGAAAUGCAAGCUCUGCAGGUGGAGGAUGCUAUUUGGACUGCAGAAAAGGCUGCAUUGAAGGUUAAAUUGGAGUGGGAAGAAGCUAGUGCCCUCAUGCAAAAACUUAGGAUCAGGCCUCAACUUCAAACUCUCAAGGCUUGGGUUUGGGCUUUUGCAACAAUAUCCUCCCGGACACUUCAUAUACCGUGGGAUGAUGCUGGAUGUUUGUGCCCUGUGGGGGACUUAUUUAAUUAUGCCCCACCUGGAGAUGAAACAUAUGACUUUGGAGAUUUGGGUACUCAAAUGCAUGCCUCUUCAUUGCGUGUUGGUUCAUUUGGGAAUGGACAAGCUACAGGAAAAUCAGACUUAGAGCAGUUUGAUGCCCAGGAACAGAGGCUAAUAGAUGCAGGGUAUGAGGAAGAUGUUGCUGCAUAUUGCUUCUAUGCUAGGAAAUAUUACAAAAGAGGAGAACAGGUUCUUUUAAGCUAUGGUAUGUACACAAAUUUGGACCUUCUUGAGCACUAUGGGUUUCUUUUAAAUGAAAAUCCAAAUGAGAAGGUUUUUAUCCCCUUGGAGCCUGACAUCUAUUCCUUCAGUUCAUGGUCUAAUGAUUCAAUGUAUAUUAAAGGAAAUGGCAAACCGUCUUUUGCACUACUCUCUGCUUUACGGCUAUGGGCAGCUCCUCCAAGGCAGCGACGAUCUGUUGGACACCUGGCAUAUUCGGGAUCUCAACUUUCCACAGAGAAUGAAAUAUGCAUUAUGAAUUCGAUAUUGGAAAAGUGUCACAUUAUUUUGAAGAAUUUGCCAACAUCGUUUGAAGAAGACAGCUUGUUACUAUGUGGUGUUAACAAAAUGCAAGACCUGUGCAGCCCUGUGGAGCUGAAGAAGGUGCUCUCGGAUUUUAAAGGUGAACUCCACACUUUCUUUGAAACCUAUUGCCUGCAGAGUGGAGAAGGUGGUACCAAGUUAGAUCUAUCUGAGAAGACUAGAAGUUCCAUUGACAGGUGGAAAUUAGCAGUCCAGUGGAGGAUGAGGUAUAAGGAAGCUCUUCUUGAUUGUAUCGUUUAUUGUAGUGAAAUAAUUGACCGUCUUUCUUGUCAAAACAUUCAAACAGGGAUGGAUAAUUUAGUACUGCGUUAAUUUUAUAUUGCUUUGGUUACAAGAGGAGUAUAAUAAUUAUGGGCCUUUUAAUA